GCAUGCGCCAUGCACGCUGCGCGGCGCAGGUGGUGGUCGCUCGUUGGUUGCAUUGCGGCUGUUUACCACGAUGGCUGUUGCGGUGCGUGUCGUUUAUUGUGGCGCUUGAGGCUACAAGCCCAAGUAUCUCCAGCUCAAGGAGAAGCUGGAAGAUGAGUUCCCCGGAUGCCUAGAUAUCUGUGGUGAGGGGACUCCCCAGUCCACCGGUUUCUUUGAAGUGACCGUUGCCGGGAAGCUGGUUCACUCCAAGAAGGGAGGCGAUGGCUUCGUGGACACAGACAGCAAGUUCCGGAAACUGGUGGCUGCCAUCAAAGCUGCCUUGGCUCGGGGCUAGCACUCCCUGAAGGCAGAGCUUAGGACCUUGACCCUGCCUCACCCAGCCGACGCUUCAUGACGGGAAGAACUGAAAUGUCUCCGGAUGCCUGGUCUUUCCCAGAUGCUCUUGCGGCCGCUGGGUGGGGUAGGGGCCGAUGCCCCAUCUCUGCUCUGUGGGAUGUGUGUUUUCAGGCAUCGACCCUGGCACACUGCCCUCCCCCAUCCCCAGCCCUGCCCCCCAUGUCUUGGGCCCCCUCUGAAUUGGCUCUCUGUUCUCUUCCUGGGAGCUGAGGGUCAGCGUGGGGACAGUAUUUCCAGCAACAAGCAGUGGCUCAUAGUGAAGAAAUGGUUCAUGUAAUAAACUCUGGAUGAGGUACGAGUU